CUUUCCCUUCUCAUUCUUUUUGGUGUUUAGAUGACGAACCAGUCUAGAAAGCAAAAAGUAUGGCCGACGUUUUAGACUUGGAAGGCGAAGGAGAAGCCGAAUUCGAGAUUGACGAAGUCGGCGAUGAGGGACUUCAAAAAUUGAAAGAAAAGGCAAAGAAGCGGAAAGGCAGGGGUUUUGGCUCAGAGGGGACAACCAGAAGUGGUGUUGAAGACUAUGAAGCUAUGGAAGUUGAAGCUACAACAGGAGAUGGUGGACCUGGUCCUCAGAGAUCCAUUGAAGGAUGGAUCUUGUUUAUCACUGGUGUUCACGAGGAAGCCCAAGAAGAUGAUGUUUACGACAAAUUUGCUGAUCAUGGUGAAAUAAAAAAUCUACAUCUUAAUCUUGACAGACGUACAGGUUUCUUAAAGGGUUAUGCUUUGGUUGAGUAUGAAACAUUCAAAGAGGCACAAAGUGCAAUGGACACACUCAAUGGUAGUGAAAUCCUAGGACAGAAAAUCAGUGUAGACUGGGCAUUUGUAAGAGGGGCAAGGAAAACAAAGAGUCGGAGAGAAGAGAGAGGAAGAAGGAGGUGAUCAAGUCAUCAAUUCUCGGGUUUACACUUCAUUGCUGGUGAACACUUGGAAACAAAUCCCACAACUAAUUUUUUAUUUAUGUUUGUGUAGCAGUGGGGAAAUUUUAAGGCAGCAACUUCAACUUGCAAUAGAUUUCUAAAAAAUCAUGUGAUAAACAAUUACCAUUUCUUCAUUGUGGAUAAUAAAAAAAAAACAACAGAGACUGUAGAAAAUAAAAAAGGAAUCAUAUCGUUUUUGGGAAGAGAUAAUUUCUGCUGAAUUAUAGCAAGUUGUUUGUAAUGAGCAAUUUUAACUCUUUUGUCAAGCUGUUUCUUGUAUUUCAUUUCCCAAAUACUGUGAUGAAGAAUUUAAAGACUGAUAAAAAAUAAAAUUAAUUUACUUUUGAUUAUCUCAAAGAUGAGGGUUGGGAUUUAUUCAGGCAGAACUCAUCUUCUAAAAAGUGAUCUUUUUAAACAUUAAUUCCUUCUAUGGAAGAUUUGUGUCUUCAACAUUUUAACUACACAAUUUUAUCUGUACUCCACAGAAAAAGAGGUUAUUAAAAUAAAAGUAUCUUUUCCAAGGUCCAUCAAUUUUUAUGCUUUGUACAUAGAAUGCUUUUGUCAUAUUUCAUCUGUAAUAAAAGGUCAUUAAGGAAAAAAAA